UGUCUUCCUGUUAGUCCUGUCGUCCUGCUAUCUGGCCUUCAGAGUCUGUCGUCUGGAGCAGCAGCUGAGCUUCCUGAGCAGCCAGCCGACACUGAGAGAGAGGUGUGGCGAGGUGCCAUGCUGGCUGGCCAAUCAGAGGACAGGAACCUGACGCUGAAGCCAAUCGGGGAGUAAAGAAGCAACCUGCACUUACAUAGACUUCCCACUAGGGGCCGGCGGUGAGAGUAGACAGCUCUCAGGAGCAGACCGACGACUGCAGCAGCCGCCAGCAUCUGAACUCUGACCCCGCCGCGACCUGGUUACCAUAGAGAUGUCACAAUAGUCAACAGAAACAGUAGACUUGAACUUAGACCUCUGAGGACAAAGCGCUUGACGCAGAAGUCACGUAGAGGUCGGGAGGCUGGAGAAACGACAACAUGCUGUAACAUAAGUGAGAUGUAGAUUUGUACUGUGUGAAUGUGUGUGUGUCUGUGUGUCUGUGUGUGUACAUAAGGAUCCACAUAAGACUAACACACACGGACCGUCCGGUCUGUGGACGUAGUUCAGGUUAAACGUGUUCAUACAGGAGUUGGGAGGAGCUGCUGCUGGUUCCUGACGUGUUUUUCCUACUUUACUACCCAUGAGCCUCUAUGGAGAAAAAGCCAAUCAGCGUGGUAACAGAUUCAAAACACUUGUUUGUUUUGUAAACAAAAGACGGCUUCCCCAUCCAUGAUACUAACUUAUAUAUUCUGACAAACUGUUGAUUUUAGCCAACAAUAAAUGAUGUAACAGUACAAAGCGAACAAUAGCUUCCUACUAGCCAAGAGCGAUGUAAGGGAGGGGCAUCCAGCUACGACGCCGACUGCAGUUCACCUAACGGCCACUGGUGGCGCUGUUAACAACGUUCUUCUGAAAGUUACAUAUUACAAACCUUUAAAGAAAACUUAAAAAUGCAAAUUUAUGUUGGAAAAACAUCUGGAACCUGCAGCUCUGCUCACGUCACUGCUCUGUAGUUUGUGUGUUUUCUGCCAUUUUCAUUCAUAUCUCAACUGCCAGAUUUUUUAAAAACAAUUAUUAUUAAAAGUCACAGUUUUUAAGAUGUACAAAGUGCCAGAAUUCAGAACACCAUCUGUAAAACACAAAAAUAAACAAAAUCAAUAACUAUAUAAGUCUAAUUGCUGCCUUAACUUGCAAUGUAGCCUCAGAUAUUGUUCAGUUCAUGUGGAGAAUUCAAGCCAUGUCCUACUAAAGGUUGAAUGUUACAGAGUAGAUAAUGUGAACCUGAAUCCCGCUGCAACUUUGGGAUGAUUCUUGUUUUUAAAAUAAACUGUCUGUGCCAAAUCUGUGAAAUGAUGUGUUUGUUUGCCAGAGCUGGACUCCUGUGUAGAAACCACCUUCGACUCUGUUAAAGAAAACACGUACCAGAUACGGCUGAAAUGUAGAGUUUAUAUUUGAAGCACUGGUGCUGUUUAUUUAUCUUUUAACUCAUAUUGUAGUUCUGGUUGUAACACUAAAAUCACUAAUAAACAC